AUGCGUGGGCUUGCGGCGCCAGAGACAUCAGAUAACAGCAACUCGAAGCCCUGUAUCGCUUUGCACCGCAUUAGCAGUGCGACCUCCAGUUACAGCAGAUCUCAUUCUCAAAAGGUCUCGUUCAUCAAGCCGGACCUUUUUGAUCAGGUCUCCAGACCGGGCCACCCUGUAAAACGCCAGCCAUCAUCGGGCCCAAACAUGCGGUCAGCCAGCGCGAGAUUUCUGGCGUAUCAAGGCCCAGGGAAGGACGACGACUGA